CGUAAACACCCGAGAGAGAGACCGAGGUUACUUCGCCGGGUGAGAAUGCCCCGACGUUUAGUAAAGCUCGGGCAUCCGUCGCGAAUAGACCGUCGGAUCGUUCUCCCGUCCCGAGGCCUGCUGGCAGUCCGUUGAAAGGAAGCCACUGUUGGAAAAACCCUCAAGCGCCAACAGAGACCAUGAGACGAAGGGCGCUCUCGUCACCUUCGGCGCCGUCCCUCUCGGUCCUCCUCCUCGUCGCGUGUCUCCUGCCGGCGGGGAUCGGCGCUUCCUCUCGCGUAGAACUCGUCAACAACGGUUACGAGAACCUGGUGAUCGGCAUCUCUCCGAGUCUGCCCGAGAGUGAGGGAGCCGCUCUCAUACCCGCCAUCAAGGAAAUGAUCAAGAACGCCUCUGAGGUUCUCUUUACCGCCACCCGCCGCAGGGCCUUCUUCAGGGACGUGCGCAUCGUGAUUCCGAAGUCGUGGUCGAACACGGAUACGGACGAGGUCGCUGUUUUCGAGUCUUUUCAGGUUA